AUGGCAGCGGCCAUUCCGGCGUCAUCCACAAGAUGGCGCUUAGAGUUGGGCGACCUGGGCGAGCUCCCAAGCCUACCAGGCGACCACGAAGGGGUGCUCAGAAUUGCGUGUGGCGACACAGUGAUGAUUGUCCUCCCGUGCGGCUCAACUCCAAUGCUUUGCAGCCCGCCAAGCCUGACUGUCCAUGAUGAGUUGGGCAAAGAAUCGGUGCUACAAGGUGACGCGGGAGGAGCGGCAAUUGCAGACUGGAUCGCUGAGUGGUGUCCAGAGAGGCCUGGCCCCUAUGAGUUGCAGCUGAAGUACCAGACCAGAGAUGGUGAUGCGCCGACAGAGGUAGUCGGACCAGCGUGGCAAAUGGUGGUUGAGCCUGUAUUACGAGUUCAAGGUCAUCACCUCCCUGCUCGCUCAGUUAAUCAGCUUACUGUUCUGUCACGUCUCGCGGGACCCAUCGAGCACUGGCCUGAAUCACUAGCUUCACAGGCCAUCUUGGGCUACAACAUGAUCCACUUCACGCCCAUUCAGCCACCAGGAGAAAGUGGCAGUUGCUAUGCGUUGGACGACCAGGCAGAUGUUGACGCAACCCUUAUGGAAUCACCACCGCCAAGCAAAGAAGGAAGGCUGGCAGUGGUGAAGAAGUCGGUAGAACAGUUGAACGAUCUUGGAUUGCUCUCGGCAAUGGACAUUGUGUUGAAUCACUGCGCAGGGAGUGCACCAUGGCUCCGGGAGCAACCCGAAUCUGCCUACAAUGUUCAUAAUUGCCCGUACCUCACAGCUGCAGCUGAACUUGAUCGGAGGCUCGCAUGGUUCUCUGAUGAGCUGAAGGAUGGGCAUUUUGGUGGCCCUCACAUCCAGAACCACGGCGACGUCGCGCGUGUUAUCGACGGUGUUCGCCAGCACGUUGUAAGCGCACUGCGACUAAGCGAAUAUUUCCGAGUUGAUGAGAUAUCUUCCGUGGAGGAGUGGGACAAGUGCGGUCCGACAGAUGUAAGGAUGCCAGGAGAAGAUCCCUAUGAAAUGCUGAGAACAAGCUUGCUUCCAACACUUGGCCACAAACGUUCUGGUGCCAUCAUUCCUGGUCAAGUUUCGAGAAGAUGCUGCGCUAAUAUCGAUGUGCUUAAAGGGCAUAUCUCAAAACUUCAGGCGGACUUGUUGGCGCACUACAGCUCCAUUGAGAACGACAUGCUGCAAUCCCUGCGUGGAAGCAUUGAAUACGAAAGGCUUGUGCAGCGAAAGGGGCCAGUUGGCGAUGGAGAUCUUGCUUUGGUUGCACCCUUUUUUCGCAGUGUGAAACUGGAGCCAAGUGCAGCCAAGCGCUUGGGCUAUGACUGCGAAACUGUCGCGCAUAACGGCUGGGUAAUGGACUGGCCUGCCACAGAGGAUUUUGCCGCCCCUUCAUGGCGAAUGGUUUACUUGCGGCGACACCUCUGCGUGUGGAGCGACACAGUCAAACUGCGCUAUGGUCAAUGUCCAGCUGAUGCUCCCUUCCUUUGGAAGCACAUGACUGACUAUGCAGUCAACAUGGCCAACAUUUUCCAUGCCAUUCGCUUGGACAAUGCGCAUUCUACCCCGCUGCAUGUGAGCCAGCAUGUUCUCUCUCGAUGUCGCGAGGCCAAUCCGCACUGCUGGAUCUUUGCUGAGCUGUUCACGGGGAAUUUCAGCACGGACUUGCUGUACCAGAGAACGCUGGGCAUCAACGCACUCAUUCGCGAGGCGAUGCAGUGUGACAGCCCGGCUGACUUGGGAAACAAGCUGCAGAGCCCCCUGUGGAAUGCUCACCCAGUGGGGGCGCUGUCUGUGGUGCCAACUCUGGACAGAGUGCCUCCAGCGUGCCAAUCACAGAAACAUCUCAGCAAGUGCCCAUCCAGGUCCUUGCUCGCUGCCCCGGCUCGGGAAGCCUUGCCGCUGCUGCCACGUCACUGUCCUGCCCUACUUUUUGACUGCACCCACGACAACCAAACCCCCGCGGAGAAGCGGCAUCCCCGAGAUGCGCUUCCAAAUGCGGCUGUUGUGGCCGCAAGCUGUGCAAGUGUCGGCAGCGUGCGUGGCUAUGAUGAGCUUUUCCCAAGAAACCCGUCCGUGGUUUCGGAGCGAAGGCCAUACGGCAAGUCGCCCCAGAUUGAGCCACUAAAGCUGGGCGGGCUGGAGCCAAAUGCGCUCCCCCAACCUGAGGAGAUGGAGAAGGAGUUUGAGAUCAUUUGGCAUCACAGGGCCUCCAAGGUCGUUGCACGAGGCGCCUGGGACGGUUGGAGCACAGACCUGAUCUUCAGUGAGAGAGAGGAUGGCUCCUGGCUGGCAAAGCUGAAGGUUGAGCUGAGCCAACUGCCGCUUCAGUAUAAGUUCAUUGUGGAUGAUCAGUGGCUCACAAGUGACAAGCUGCCCACUUCUCAGGAUGAGCACGGCAACCGCAACAAUGUGAUCGACUUGCCCGGCCGGAGUGGCUCAGCUGCCCUGUCCGGACCUGAUGUGGGCGUGAACACGUUGCCAGGAAUUUUCACGGUCAAGCAGGUGCUGAACAAGCUGCACGCUCAACUGGGCAAGGAUGGCUACAAUGAAAUUCACGUGCGCCCUCUGUCAGACGAGAUUUUGGCAGUGGAAAGGCGGUCGCCGAACAAUUCACACUCCGUCUGGUUUGUGAUCCGCUCGGCCUUUUGGCGAAAUCGAAUGGGAGAUGGACUGAAUGGUGCCGCUGAGCUAGAGCUCGAUGGGUUUAUUUCACACCUCCACGUUGCUGCGACAUUGUUCGUGAGCGAUGAGCACGAGCACAGCUUUCGCUCCAACAGCGACUUCGUCACGGGCUUGGAGUGCUAUUUGCACAUGUACGGCUCCAUGGAGGAAGUGGCAGAGCUACGGACCGAAGGGGGCAACUCCAAGGUCCGUCUCACACGUUUCCCACCUGGCAGCGUCCUGGUCUUCAGCACGGAUGCUUCCAAGGCGCAGCAGAGGCAUUCAGCCGUGAUGAAGCUGCUUUCGGCGGAUGAGAUCUUCAAGCCUCUGCACAGCCUGUCCCUUCAUCAGAUGAACUACCUACUCUACUCCUGUGAGUCAGAGGAGCGGGACCGUUCGGACGGCAAACGCGGUGCUUACGAUGUGCCUGGGGUGGGGCCCUUGGCCUACUGCGGGUUGAUGGGGGUUUGUGCCGCACUGGAUGAGGCCCGUGCCGGGUUUACAGAGGACCAGUUGCUGUAUGCCCCUGUGGCUGAGAACAUUCGCAACGGUGAUUGGAUGAUGGCCUGCUUGUUUGAUCGCUUAGAUGACAUGCCCGGGCUCGAGGAUGUGAAGGACUGGCUGCAGAGGGCUGCUCGGAUCCUUGCCAGUUGCCCACGAAAGCUUGCCCCCUUCUAUUUUGAUUUGCUGGUGCCCGGUCUUUGCGCCGCAGCCUGUACUUGCCUGAUAAACAAUUCCUCUGACUUUGUUGCCACAGCUUCUGACGCCUCAGACUUGAUACGUCACCUGGCGUUGGCAACUGUGCAAUUCUGGGGCGCCACCAAAUCCGCGCCUCUACAUUGGGACCGUGCACAGCAAGAAGGCUGGCAGAAGCAUCCCUCUUUGUGUGCUGGCUUGCCUCACUUUGCUGCUGGAUUUAUGCGGAAUUGGGGGCGGGACACUUUCAUCUCCCUGCGUGGCUGUCUUCUGGCCACGGGACGGCAUGCAGAGGCCCGGGAGACGCUUUUGGUGUAUGCCAGCGUCAUCAGGCAUGGGCUGUGCCCGAAUCUACUGGAUGCAGCGAACCGACCUCGCUACAACGCACGGGAUGCCACCUGGUUCUUCCUGCAGGCGAUUCAGGACUAUGUGGCGGAGUCUGAUGAAGGCGAGGAGUUCUUGGCUGCACCAGUCAGGCUGAAAUGGCCAGUGAAAGACUGGGACGCAGAUCUUGCAAAUUUGGAGCCGCACACCGUGGCUGACCUUGUGCACCUCAUUUUUGCAGCUCAUGCCAAAGGGAUUGCUUUCCGUGAAUGGGGUGCUGGUCGUGGCCCCGAUGCGGGGAAAGGCAUCGAUGACGACAUGAGCGAGUGGGGCUUUGAUGUGCAGGUUUCUCUGGACGAGGACACGGGUCUUAUCUCUGGGGGUUGUGAGCACAAUUGUGGCACUUGGAUGGACAAGAUGGGCUCUUCUUCCAAGGCUGGCAACAAGGGGAAGCCUGCCACACCCAGAGAUGGCGCGGAUGUUGAAAUCAUUGGCUUACUCAAAUCAUCCCUGCGAUGGGUUUGCUCGCUAAAAAGGGACGUGUUCAAACAUGAAGAUGUGCGCACGGCUUCCCAGCAAACCCUCACUUACAGUCAGUGGAACCAAAAGAUUCAGAACAACUUUGAGCGCUUGUUCUGGAUAGAUCCUGAUGAGAAAGGUGGAGCGCAGGUGGCUGGCAUCUACAGAGACACGCUCGGAGCAAGCCGGAAAUGGCAAGACACGCAGCUUCGACCAAACUUUUGCAUUGCCAUGGCAGUUGCUCCUGAGCUGUUUCUGCCAGAGCACGCCAAGAUGGCUUUGCGCACAGCAGCCAGUAGACUGAUUGGGCCCAUGGCCUUGGGCAUGUGCACCCUGGAUCCAGCAGACAAGGAAUACCGGGGAGACUAUCACAACGACAACGACUCAGCUGAUAUCGCAAUUGCUCACGGCUGGAACUACCACCAAGGGCCGGAGUGGGUUUGGCCCUUGGGGUUCUUUCUGGAGGCAUGGCAUCGCUUUGGCUCGGAUCACGGCACUUCCGCACCAAGGCAUGCCAUGCGCUGGUUGCUUUCGCACCGGUCCAUGUUGCGCAAAGCGCCAUGGAGGUCCUUGCCAGAGCUGACCAACAGCAAAGGCCAGCACUGUGGACACUCAUGCCCUGCACAGGCAUGGAGUCUUGGAACCCUUUUGGCCGCGGUUCGUACCAUGAGCCAAGAUGAUGCUUCCAGGAGUGAAGCUUGA